AUGACCGCUUCUGAGAUUGAAUAUCCAUACGCUACUGCUCCCAAUCACUACCAUAACCAUCAUAAAGUUUCUGUUGAGAGUAUGGAUGAUUUUCCAUCCUCCAAAACAACAAACUAUAUGGACAUGAUCGAUAUUACCUCUAGUGAAGCAGUGUUCUACCCUAAUGGAGCAAGCAGCUUGCCAAAAAUUGAGGACAUUCAGGGUGGAGCUCUUGAAAGAGCUAAAGCUUUCAAAUUCGAAAAGCCUUUCUUCAUUAUCACCAUGCGACCAUCUUAUGUUGGUAGUAAGAAAAGUUUGACUGUACCAUUGAGUUUUGUCAAGAGGCACUUCAAAAGGGAUAACAACAAUACAAUCCUUUCGGUUUCAGAUGGAAGAACUUGGUCUGUCAAGUACAUUAAGCGAAAAAACAAUGUACAGUUCUCCUCAGGUUGGACAAAGUUUGUGCGAGAUAACUGA